UCCACCCAUCACCCACCUACAACAUCCACGUGUUUGCGCCACUCCCUCCAACAUGUCACAGUGCAUCAGCUCUCUUUGAAAAAGCCGGUGGCACAUACGGGUACGCAAGUACAGCGUACAAAAGAAUAUGUUUAGCCAAUAAGAUGAUGGUUCAAGAAUACCUUUAGCCAAUAAAAUGAUGGUUCAAGCCAAACUCCUACGCAUUAAAUUGUAAUAUAAGUGACAGCAUUAGCGCCUCACGCCGCACUUCCUCGAGAGACAACUUCAAACAACGAAGAUAACCGUGAGAACAUCCCAGCCACCUUGUGCAGCGAUAACCUAGCUCGCAACCAACAGUUCAACUAAGAGCUUCCAACGAGAAGACCCAUCAUGAGGGUUCUCGGUGCCAUCUUGCUUGGAUGUGCGCUUCUCCUUCCAGCUACCAGUUCAGCUGCUGCCAUGGAGAAACAGCAAGAGCUUUUGGAGAGGGCGGAGGACAUCCUUUAUGAUCUCCAGGAAAUCACAGAGGAAGAGGAUGCUCUUGACGGUAGGGUAGCAGAUAAUGCAGAGACUCCUACAGUUGAAGAAGAAAAGGAAAAUGAUGAAGGACUAAUCAUGAAGAAAGGUUGUGAAGACCAUCAGGAGGGACACGAAUGGGGUACGUCUGAACAUGACAACUGUUACUGUCAAUUGGAAGGACCAGACCUUUUCCGUUUCUGCUAUCAUGUUGACUGCCUUCCUGGUUCUGAGAUUGUUCGUGACUCCAAAGGUCUCUGGGACUGUCCAGGUGGCUUUUCAACAGCUGACAGCAGUGAGAAGCGUGCAAACAUGAGCAUGUUGGAGGACAGCCUUCUCCAGAUACUGGAAGGAGAAGAUUAUCUUGACCUUGGGGUAGCUGAUGAUGAAGAGACUCCUGCUGUUGCAGAAGAAAAUGCUCUCGACCUCCGCGGUGAAGCUGACGAAGGACUUAUCAAAAAGACAGGUUGCGAAGGCCAUCAGUUGGGAGAGCAGUGGGGUUCAUCUGAUCAUAACUGCAUAUGCGGAGGAGCAGACCGCUUCUGCUAUCCUGUUGUCUGUCUUCCCGGUUCUCAGAUCAAACCUGACUCCAAAGGUCUCUUGAGAUGUGAAGUUGAUUCCUCCAAAAGAGACAUAACAGGAUCAGCUCUCGGCGUGACUGAAAGAGAAAACUUAAAGCGGGCAGCAUUAGGCGUUUUCACAGAAGUUGUUGGCUUAGUCGGAUUUGCCUUGGACCGCGAGGAGUCUGCACAAACAACCCAACAGCUCAAUGAAAUACAAGGUCAGAUCCGGGAGCUGGACAGGAAGAUAGAUGACUUGACACGAAGCGUCAGUGACCUGCAGCUGGGACAGCAGUACCUUCAACAAGUCAUCCUGUAUGCCAGAGACGAACAACGACUGACGAACGCGCUGGACACUCUUGCUAGGAUGCGAAUCAGCAAUGGACAGUAUGCGGGCAGCGACAUACAGGGUUGGGCAGACAGCGUCCUCAGUCAUUAUUCGGAUGGAAUCAACAAUGUAUUGCUCAAUCUGUUGAACAUGGUAGAACCACAAUCAUCAGUUUUUGGGGGCAAGUCUCUGUUCCAAAUAUAUCAUCAACAACUGGACAAAGGAGGCAAAGGGGACCUGGAACAGUAUAGCAUAAAGAUGCGACAGAAGGCUGGGCAGGUAUACGGACUGAUUGGAGGUGGAUACUGUGCAUGGAUUGCAGCUCUGCGAAUCAAGGGGCGUCAAGAUAAAAUUCCAGCUAUGGUUCGAGAGUGGAAAAGAAAGCUCAGCAGUGUGAAAGAAAGGCUGCAAACAUAUACUGUUUAUGGUACAUGCGAGGACGGUUAUCAACUGAAGUACAGGAAGUGCUACAAAGCCUUCGACAUUCGAAAAACCUGGACUCACGCAUCUGCCUACUGCAAAAGGCAGGGAGUAGGUGGAAAUCUUGCAAUGCCAAAAGACAGAAACAUUAACGAUUUCUUGAUUCAGUUAAAAAAUGCUAAAUCCUCUAAAUGGGCAUUUUGGUUUGGAUUGAAUGAUAGGCAGAGGGAAGGGAAAUGGAAAUGGAAUGAUGGCACGUCUCUCGGGUCUUACAAUUACUGGUCACCGAUUGAGCCAAAUAACGGGGGUAAAAGUUUUUGGGGCCAGUAUAAGAAUCCUGAAGACUGUGCAGAGUAUUUUCGGAAAAAAUGGAAAAAAAGCAACUGGAACGAUGCCCCAUGUCACUUGCUCAGAUACUUCAUCUGUGAGAGGUUCCCCAACAGUUUACUCAACGUUAAGAAAUGGCGUGACGACAACCGCUGUGGAGGCAGUUACACUACAGCAGGGAUUACGGCUGAGUGUAACCCUGACGGAAUCAAACCGUGCUGCUCUCCUAAAAAAUGGUGUGGGAAAACUGCAGCUCACUGUGACUGUGCGGGCUGUGUCGACUACCGUAACAAAGUUAAGAAAUGGCGUAAAGACUACCGCUGUGGAGGCCGUUACACUACAGCAGGCGGGAUUAGGGCUGAGUGUAACCCUGACGGUCAUGCCCCGUGCUGCUCUCCUCACAACUGGUGUGGGAGCACUGCAGCUCACUGUGACUGUGCGGGCUGUGUCGACUACCGUAACAAAGGAAAGUAGUGCGGCCACACCAGUUCCGGACAGUAUGGAGAAUCGUCCCGAGGAUACAGUUCUAUUUUGCUUGCGGCUUUACUGGUAUAUCCAUCUUUGCAUGUUCCUUUUAACUUAGUGUAUCAAUUUUCAUGUACUGUCUUAACAGAAACUUGAUUUUAUGGAUGACAUCUGCAAGGUUUUCAUUGCUCUUUUCAAUAAUGAAUGAUGCCACGUUUACACAGACACCAUCCCCAACCCCUAAAUGCAAACAAAGAGAAAAAGGUAGUUA